AUGAAGGUCUCCGCUUUUGUUCUUGCCGUCGUCGCCCAGGUGGCCUCGGCGCACUACUUCUUCGACACCAACAUCAUUAAUGGUAACUCACAGCCCUCAUUCAAGCACGUCCAAACCUUCACCUGCGCCACCAAGUACAACCCCAUCAAAUUCUCAUCCAACCCGGCGGCCGACAUUCGCGAUGGAUCUUUCGCCGAUGGUGUUGACCGUUCGCACGUCAACCCGCCCGAGCACCACGUGUCUUGCGUGCAGAUCCAGGUCGUCAACGGCGGCAACGGCUCGCCCGGCCCCCUCGUGAAGUUUCCGGGCGCCUACAGUGCCACCGACGCCUAUGCUAAAUUCAGUAUCUACGGUGGCGACAAGACCUUCCCGUUCCCGCGCCCCGCUGUCUGGAACGGUGUUGGCGGCAGUACCGCUCCUCCCACCGCUCGUCCCACCACUCCAACUCCUCCUUCAAACCCUCCUUCGAUCCCCCCCCCCUCCCCACCUCGGGCUGUGCUUCUCUAUACGGCCAGUGUGGUGACUCCGGUUUCACUGGUCCCAAGUGCUGCUCCUCCGGAACCUGUCGCGUCAGCAACCAGUCGUACUCACAGUGUCGGUAGAUCAGCUCCAUCGCGCGGUGUCCAUUGA